UUUGAUUUCUCUAACUAUCUAUGUGAGUGUGCAUCUACAAUGGUAUUGCCAUUAUGUCGCAAAUAAAAUUUGAACACCAAACAACUAUACAAGAUACACAUCAAACGAUAAAUGACAUUUUCACUGUACAAUAGCAUUUGUUCAUUCUCUUUGAAAACUAUGUAAAUUAACUCAUAGAUUGAAGCAUUUGUAAAAAAAAUUCAUUCAACUAUUUGUAAAAUUGACCACAAUUAACAGUUUGUGUUGAACUGUGUCCGAAAUUAUUUGCCAAAUUAUAUGUAGUCGUUCUGCUAUCGAGAACAUGUAAAACACCUGUAUUAUAAAAAAAACGAACAACGCAAUGUUUCAGCAAUAAAUUCAUUUCGAUGAAAAAUCAAUCGUUUAUUCUUACAUCAUUUAUAAGUGAAUACAAGUGAAUUGAAUUAAAAGCAACGAAAAUGAAAAUAAGAAAAACGAAAUUUCAGUCAUUACUUUUCAGUGUUUUUGGCUAAUUAAAGUGUGGUGGAAAAAGCGGCGAUUGAGUUGAACGUGAUUAAUAACGAUAAUAAGUGUAAAAACUCACUAUAUAUAGUGGAGAGGUAGAGAUAGUUGUGCGACCAAACGAAACGAAGAAAAGUGUUACAAUGGAUGCAGAUGAGAGUGAAUGGCUUGUUGAAUUAUUACGGGACGUACAACUGGAACAAUUUUACCCGAGAAUUCAUGAUGAGUUGCAGGUCACUCGUUUAGCACACUUUGAUUAUGUACAAUCAGAUGACUUGGAAAAAAUUGGGCUUGGAAAGCCAGCGAUACGGCGAUUAAUGGAAGCGGUUAAAAAACGAAAAGCACAACAAUGGCGACGAAAUAUUUUGUCAAAAUUAAUCGGCGGCGGAAAACAGCAACCGAUGAAAAAGUCAAACAUUACUGAUUCAAGUGGACAAUCCACAUCGUCGACAUUGUCAUCAUCAUCGUCGUCACAUCUGUCAUGUCUCAUACACGAGAAAGAUCUAACGCUGGGCAUUAAAUUGGGUGACGGUUCAUUUGGGGUUGUGAGACGUGGUGAAUGGACAAAUGUUGGUGGGCAAAUACAAUCAGUUGCUGUGAAAGUAUUAAAAGCGGACAAUCUCUCUCAGCCCGGUAUUAUUGAAGAUUUUUUCCGUGAAGUCCAAGCUAUGCAUGCACUCGAUCAUCCAAAUUUGGUGCGAUUAUUUGGCGUUGUAUUAACACAACCUAUGAUGAUGGUUACGGAGCUGGCGGAACGAGGCUCUUUACUUGAUACACUUCGAAAACAAUGCAAACACACACCGAUAUCGGUGCUAUGGCAAUGGGCAUGUGAAAUUGCAACUGGCAUGGCAUAUCUUGAACAGAAACGAUUUUUGCAUCGCGAUCUUGCAUGUCGUAAUGUUCUAUUAACAUCAAUGAAUAAAGUGAAGAUUGGCGAUUUUGGUUUGAUGCGCGCUUUGCCACAACAAGAUGACUGCUAUGUCAUGACUGAACAUAAAAAAGUCCCAUUUCCAUGGUGUGCUCCAGAAUCACUUCGCCAUCGAAAAUUUAGUCAUGCCUCGGAUUCAUGGAUGUUUGCUGUAACAUUAUGGGAAAUGUAUACGUUUGGCGAAGAUCCAUGGGUUGGCUUAAACGGUUCCCAAAUAUUGAGAAAAAUCGAUCGUGAAGGUGAACGAUUGCAUCAUCCCGACUCCUGCCCGCCGGAUGUCUAUCAAUUGAUGUUACAAUGUUGGGAUAAAAAUGACAGCGAACGACCAACAUUCGCCGCAAUUAAAGAAUUUAUGCAUUGCAUUCCACCGCCAAUGGUUCGAGCUAAGUCAGCAUGUAUGGAAGAAGGACGUCUCUCCAUUGAUCAUGGUGAUAUUUUGGCUUUAAUCGAUGAAAGACCCGAUUUGAGAUUUAUCAAAGGUCAAAACCAAAGAACAUUCGAUAUUGGAACAUUUCCCAGAAAUAUCGUUGAACCGUUGAAGGGAAAAUUUCCGGACAUCAGUCGACCAUUGAACGAUUCAUUUCGUCACACUGGGCACGGAUCUGUGCUGGGAAAUUCGUGGGGAAAUCCAUCAUUUCUCGAUCCAAACUAUUUAGGCGAUGAUAAAAAUGCGCAAAGCGUUCGUCUUCGAGCAUCGAGUUCGGCAAAAGAUCGCAAACAUAAAUGUGCUUCCGAGCAACAUGUUCGAGAGCGAAAGAGUAUUGCACAAAAGCAAUUUGCAUAUAAUAAACUUAAAAAUGAAAAACCCGUUACAUCAAAGCAUGAUAACCGUAAAACAUUGUCAGCACCACAACGGCCACCACAGCCAAAAUUGAUUAACUUUGAAAAGAAGGAAAAGGAAGGAAUGCUAAUCGAUUUGACAUCACCACAGCAACAAGACAUCAGCAUUCCGAAUUUGAUGUCAAAUGGUGGUAGCUUUGCGCAAACCAUGAAUGACAUUAGCAUCCUUGAUGCUCCAAUCGAUGUGCCAACUGAAGCAUAUCCAGAUGAUGACGCAAAUGCAGUGAGAUUAUUUGAUGUGGAUAGUAAUAAGCCCGAACCACCGCCGUAUCAAUCGCCACCCACGUACAUGAAUACAUUUGGAUUGAACAAAACCAUCUCAAAUGAUCCGUUCGAUACAUCACAUAUUACAACGCAAUCACAAUCGAAAAUUGGAAUGCCACAAUCCAAUGCAAUGUCAUCGCAUUCAUACACAAUCGAUGAUAGCACCAGCAACUUUAUUCGGAAUCAAAUUCAAACUACAAGCAACAAAGAAUUGAUUUAUAUGAAUCGACCAUCAAAAUCGAAUAAAACAACUGAAAUCGAUGAAAUCGUUCAAAACAAACUGAUGUCCAUGUCACACGGAAGUCCGAAAAGUGGUCACACAUCGAGAGUUUCGAGCGCUUCUGCUGCUGCUGCUGCCACCACAACUGCACUUAGCAAAGAUGCAGUGAAGGAAAUGAAUCAGUGUUUGGACAGUACAUCUACAAAAAUUGCGGACAAUUCUAUGUUGAGUGAUUCAUUGAGAGUAAAUCUAAGCUCAUUGACAUUAAAUGACACCGAUGACUUUGAAAACCAAGUCCAGCCAUCAACGUCGACGGCUGAAAAUCCAAAAUUGGAUCGAGCAUUUUUAGCGGAAUUGGAAAAAGAGAUUUAUAAAAAUGACAAUGCCACCACAAAUGUAAAUGUAAACGUAAAUAAUGCACAAUCGAAUGAAUUUUCGUCGAUAAAUGCAAAAGACAAUACGGUUAACGCAAUUUCAAAUUCAUUAAGUUGGCUAAAAAAUGAAUUUUCGGCAAAUAAUGAUUUAACCGCACAAUUUUAUCAACAAAAAAGCACAGCCAUAAUGCAAAGUCCAGCCACAACGAACAAAUAUAACAAAGAGCUAACUAUCAAAAUGACAAAUUCCGACGCACUCUUGUCAAAUACGACAUUGAGCAAAAAACUGUAUAAUAUAGAAGUAAAUAGUGCGGAUCAAAAUACAAUGCACGCACCAACAACAAGUCAAAUGGAUGUGAACAAUGUGACCGGUUCCACAAUGAAUAGUGGCAAUCAAGCGAUUUACAGUAAUUAUGCCAUGGCUGGUAUGCAUUGCAAUAAUAGUGCAUCGAUCGAGCCGCAUGAUCAAAAGUACACAUCGGCAAACUAUGGCAAUACAAACAUGGGUGGCAAUACAAACAUGAAUAAUAUUUACUCAGUUUCCAGCGAUAUAUACGGAAGUGUUGCUGGUCCAAAUGUAUACGAUGUUGUGGCAUCAAGUAAUUCAGAUUAUUAUCAAAUGAUUCAAAAAAACGACCUUCAAACUGUGAUAUACGAUGAAGUGGCAGCAGAUGAUAUUCGACCACAUAGGCCUGCACCGGCAGCACCACCACAAAUUCUAUCGUCGCAGCAAAUUCAACGGAGACUUGAACGCGCCCAAAAAGAACGAACACAAUUAUACGAUAAUAUUGAAGUGAAUUAUGUGAACAAUGGCUUUUCCAAUGCUGCCGGAAAUCAUUCCAUAUACGAAGAGAUAAACCAAAAAUCAAAUAUUACUCCAAUCGACGUAGAUCACGUAUCCAAAGACACAGUGAACACGUUAAACAGCGGAACAAUAAAAAACAUGAAAAUCGAACAACUGUUACGCCUGGGUUUGGCGCCACGUUUUAAGUGUGAAGAAGCGUUAAUAAAAACUGGUUGGUCUAUUGAAUUAGCUGCAUCAUCUCUGCUGGAAAAUACUUAAAAAAACAUACUUGGAUGAGCUUGCAGUCAAAAACAAAACAAACAAAAAAAUCAUCCACAUUUAUAACAAAAGAAAAUUCCUACUAAAGCCAAUUAAAAAGCGGCUUUUUAAUUAGUCAAUUAAAGUCAGAAGAGGAUUUCCUCCGUUCACAGAGGAUACAGAACGAAUAAAAAGUAUUGAAUAUUAACAAAUUACAGAUAUUUUACGGUUAACAAUGUAAAUUCUAUGAAAGUUCGUUAAUAUUAUUAUUGGUGAUUAAAUAAUUUGAAGAAGAAGAAGAAAAAACCAAGAAAACACAUGUAAAGAUACAUAAAUACAGGAAUUCAAAUUGAUCAUAUGGAUAUGUUCCACAAACCAAUUUACAGAAUAUAAUUAUUUUUUAGAAAAAAAGUGAUUCAUAUCUAUUGCGUCAAUUCGAUCACUGAAUGUGUAAACAUAUGAGAAUGAAAAUGAAAGCAAAUAAAUUUAUUUUGGAACAAUAUAA